CGCGCUCUCGGGGUUGGCCUCGUAGCGCCGGUGGCCGGGUGAGCCUGGUUGGUGCCUUGCGAACGGCUUGCUGACCUCUCGGCCUCUCGACCUCACUCUCUCUUCCUGACAGACGCUGGGACCGAACCCGCUGCCGCAGCGUGCGCGACCCGGAAGCCCCGGCUGCAGGCUCCAAUCGCCGGAAGUGCCGCCCAGGGCGGCGGGGAGAGGGAAGAAUUGAAUAUUAUGAGUAGUUCUGGCUUAGAAACCUGGUGGAGCCAAAAGAAAAAGUCGUUGAGUUCUUGUUAUGAAAACUGUAUUUUAAUUUUGAUUUUAUCAAGACCAACACUGAAUGCAAUGAAUGCUGUUUCUCGUCUGUUUAGAUUCUGGGUUUGGAGGUUCCAAGUAAGAAAUUGAUAUAUAUGAUACUGGAAAUUUGUAAACGCAAACUGCUAAUGAAUGAAAGGCUUGAAACAUAUGUUUUUGAAGUUACCAGUAAAAUGACUAUGAAAACAGGGGUCAAGAAGACCAAUGGAAAACCACUUAGGAGAGAACCAUAGAAAAUGUACACUUCAGAUGAGAGAUGUAACCAGAGAACUCAAAAAAGAAAAAUAUACCAUGUUUGCCCUCAGAAGGAAAAAGAUUUAUAUUCAUGUUCAUGAGAUUACUCAAAUAGAUAAUCAAAUUUGUCAGUGCCUUGAACGUGAACAAAAUUUUUGUGAAAACUUAGCACGUAUGUGUGAGAAAACAUAUACUGGGGAGAAAUCUUAUAGAUGUGAUAUGUGUGAGAAAACCUUCAUCCAAAGUUCAGAUCUUAUUUCGCACCAGAGGAUUCAUAAUUAUGAGAAACCGUAUAAGUGUAGCAAAUGUGAGAAGAGCUUUUGGCACCACUUAGCCCUUUCAGGACACCAGAGAACACAUGCAGGUAAAAAGUUUUAUACCUGUGACAUCUGUGGCAAGAAUUUUGGUCAGAGCUCUGAUCUGCUUGUCCACCAGCGAAGCCAUACAGGUGAAAAACCUUAUCUGUGUAAUGAGUGUGAUAAAUGCUUCAGUCGAAGUACAAAUCUCAUAAGGCACCGAAGAACUCACACAGGUGAGAAGCCAUUUAAGUGUCUGGAAUGUGAAAAAGCUUUUAGUGGGAAAUCUGAUCUUAUUAGCCACCAAAGGACUCAUACCGGUGAAAGACCCUACAAAUGCAGUAAAUGUGAGAAAAGUUAUCGACACCGUUCAGCCUUCAUUGUACAUAAGAGAGUUCAUACCGGAGAGAAGCCGUACAAGUGUGGUGCCUGUGAGAAGUGCUUUGGCCAGAAGUCAGACCUUAUUGUACAUCAGAGAGUCCAUACCGGUGAGAAACCAUAUAAAUGCUUGGAGUGUAUGAGAAGUUUUACCCGGAGUGCCAACCUAAUUAGGCACCAGGCAACUCACACUCAUACUUUCAAAUGCCUUGAAUAUGAGAAAAGCUUCAGCUGUAGCUCAGACCUUAUUGUACAUCAGAGAAUUCACAUGGAAGAGAAACCACAUCAGUGGUCUAUGUGUGAGAGCGGUUUCUUCCUAGGUAUGGACUUUGUUGCCCAGCAGAAAAUGAGGACUCAAACAGAGGAGCUGCAUUAUAAAUACAGCGUAUGUGAUAAAAGCUUUCAUCAUAGCUCGGCCCUUCUUCAGCACCAGACAGUGCGCAUUGGUGAGGACUGCAUCUGUAAUGUGAGUGAAAAAGGACUUGAUCUCAGCUCUCGUGCGUCAGAAACCUCACGGAUGUCUUGACAAGAAGUCACAUUACCUUAAAAAGGGAUUUACACAUCAGAACUCAUUAAGAAAAAGACUCCUAGGUGAAUUUCAGAUUUACCUCAGACCUCAGACUUCAUUGGGGACCAGAGAGAGAGUCUACAGUCUUUGGAACUGUAACAAAAGCUUUAUGCAGAGAUUGGCCCUAUUAGGACAGCAUUAUUAGCCACAUUUGUGAAGAGCUCCACAAAUGCUUUGGGUUUUGAGAAACCUUCCACACAAGAAGGUUCAGAUAGGAAACCUUACAUGUGCAGUAUGGGAAAUCUCCAGCAGUGUUAAACCAUCACCAUUACAAGAGAAUUCAUACCAGAGAACAGCCAUUUAAAUGCUCUGUGUCAGCAGUAGUUUGGAUAAUAUGUACGCCUUACUGGAUAUCAGAAAAUUCACCUGGGGAGAAACCCCAGAAAUUGCAGGAAAAAGCUUCUGACAGAAUUCUGACUUUCUUACCCAUCAGGGAAGCCAUACUGGUAUAAAUGAAUUUUAUCUUGAGUGUGGCAGAAAUAUUUGUUGGAGAGUCUUACUUGGGUUUGUAUCCACCUAAACAAAAAUCAGAAGAAAGAUACAUGUCUGAAUGAGAAAAGCUUGUUAAUUUUCAGCUCUUGGGGGUGUAUCAGGGAACUCACAUCAGUGAAAACGCAUAAAUGUUUUGUGUCUAAGAAGCUAGAAGCUCUCAUCUAAUCGGGCCCCAAAGAACCGGUUCUACAGAAGAGUUGCUCCAGCAAGAGAUCUAAUUGUGGGUGAGAAUCUGUAUAUAUGCUAUGUAUGAGAGAGCUCUUCUCAUAGUUAUAAGGGGCUAAAUAGAGUUGUAUGGGAGGGAGUAGUGUCUUAGUGACCCAGAAGCUUGUUUGGAGGAGCUGGGACAGGUCAGCAUGGAGCUGAAGGGUAACUCAGGUAAAGACACUUUUCUUUUGUCUGAACCACCUCAUGAUUGCUUUAGUUUCACUCUUAAAAACUCAUAAAUUCAGUAAAGAAAAGGAUUGUAAUCUUGUGUAUAAGGUAGGGCAUGGGUUAUUGUUGGAAAAAAGACGUGCUUUUGAUUUUUGCUUUUUUUUAAAGUCUCUUAUCUAGGAUGGGAAUGGUGUGUUGCUAGCAGCCUAUGAAAAGAACUAAGAAGCUAGGGAAUACUUAGUUUGGGUUAAAAUUAUCAGUUGCUUCCCCUUUGCAUAAUCAACCUCAGCAAAAAGCAGAGUACUCAGCUCUUAGUGUUGAGAUCUGCCCACAAAAUGGUCCAAAAUUGUCCCUAAAGUAUUUUUUUGAGUUAUCACUGGCCCUUGAAAUUUCAGAUAUAGAGAUUCAUUUCUUUUCAAGCCCAAACAACCAAUUCCUGGAUACUGGUUAUGAUCAUGUUAUAGUAUCCAGCUUUUUGUUACUUGCUACAUCUCUUUCAGUGAUAGAUACUGUAUCAACUGGCUCAGAGCAGAAGAAAUAGGGUUAAGUUGUAAACCAGAGAAGGCAGAGGAGAGACAAUGAAGCAUUCUUAUAGAGCGACAGGACACCGAUUUGGGGUCCUGACUCCAAAGCUCAUGUUCUUCUUUUACCCUGAUGCUUGCAGCAAAUUAAGCUUCAUAAUGAUACAUUUUUUUUUCAUUUAUUCCAGUUCUGUCAAGGAAAGAAAAAUACAGUUUAAUCCCAGGGAAAGGAUUGCAGUCAACACAAUAUAAGGUAUAUUCUUGUUUUGAAAUGCAGGAUUAUAAAUGUUAGAAAAGUGGUUGGCAGAUUCACCUGAGGUUUAAGGAUAACAUUUGUUCCCAGUACAGUAGGGUAGUUGAUUGUCUUUAUCAUUCUUUGGAUGGCUCAUGACCCAAGCAUCUUAUGUUCCCUUCUCAUUGUUUUUCUUUCUUUGGCUUAAAAGACUUUUAAUUCAACUAUUUCAAGUUCCUGUAGUACUUGGGACUCUGUAGAGUAUUAUUUUGUUGCUAAUUAUAGUCCUCUAGUUUUGUUGUAAUUUGUUUAGUGAACCCCUGGAUUCCAUGGGGUAUUAGUGUUUCAAUUCAUGCAAGUGAUCUGGUAAUACCUUACAUGUGGCUGUAAGCUCUUAACCUGAUAGUUGUUUGAUAAUCAUAAUCUUAAGGCCAGUGAAUUUAGCUCCGUAAAGAAUCUGGUUCCAGUGUUUUUCCCUUUAAGAAACAGGUUGUGUCAGUUUUAAUCAGAUGUGUUCUGGUAAUUUUUACAAAUAAUUUUAGUACUAUGAAAAUUUAUCCAUUGUGAUAAACACACACUAGAUAUGUAUUUUUCUUCUUGAGGAAUAUCAUGGUAUUACUAGCAAAAGUUUGAUAAUUGUGAUACUUAAAAUAAUAUUGGAUGAUAUAUGACAAUGGCAGUAAAAAAAAAAAAUUAGUCAUUGUGACUGCUUAUUAAUCAGUGAAUAGACCAUGGAGAAAGAGGCAAAGCUUAAAACAUUAGUAGGUUGGUGACUUACCCUUCCUUCAGCCUGUCUCACUGGUAAUUGUCUGUAGUCUCCAAAUAAACUAACAGUGGACCAUUCCUCAAACAGAACUUUGAGGAUGUAAAGCAGGCCUGAGGCCUGUUAACUAUGGUGAGAAAGUGUUGGUAUUACGUAGCGUAACCUGAGGUUGGAGAGGACCACUUGGGAGCCUGUAACCAAAGCUAGAAGGUAACUUCUGGGAUGGAUGGAGGUUCCCUUGAAGCAGUGCCAACCCAAAUCUACCUCAGGUAAGUAGUUAGAGUAACCUUUUCAAGAUUUCAGACUAAAUGAAAAUAAAGUAUAUUCUGUCCGUGUACUCCUCUAUGCUUUAUUGUUUUGUUUACCUUUAAUUCUUAAAUAAACAUUUG